AUCAGUCAGACCCAUCGACAGCAUGAUCUCAGGAAACCUCUCACAUCCUGCAGAAUUCCUCCUCCUGGGACUGUCAGAGGAUGAGGAGCUGCAGCCCCUCCUGUUCUGCCUGUUCCUGGCCAUGUACCUGGUCACUGUGCUUGGGAACCUGCUCAUCAUCCUUGCCAUCAUCUUUGACUCCCACCUGCACACCCCCAUGUACUUCUUCCUCUCCAACCUGUCUUUUGUUGACAUCUGUUUUACCUCCACGACCAUCCCCAAGAUGCUGCUGAACAUCCAGACUCAGAACAGAUCUAUCAGUUACACAGGCUGCCUUACCCAAAUCAGCUUUGCCCUGACUUUUGUUGGAUUAGAAAAUGAAAUUCUAGUAAUGAUGGCGUUUGAUAGAUUUGUGGCCAUCUGCCACCCGCUGAGGUACAAUGUUAUCAUGAACCCUCGACUCUGUGGCCUGCUGCUUCUGCUGUCCUUUCUCAUCAGUGUCCUGGAUGCCCUGCUCCACACCUUGAUGACCCUGCGCUUGUCCUUCUGCACAGACCUGAGGAUCCCCCACUUCUUCUGUGAACUAGCCCACAUUCUCAAACUCGCCUGCUCUGAUAUCCUCCUCAAUAACAUCUUCGUGUAUCUAGUGACCAGUCUGUUUGGUGUUAUUCCCAUCUCUGGGAUAAUUUUUUCCUAUGUUCAGAAUGUCUCUUCUGUCCUCAAAAUCCCAUCCACUGGUGGAAAGUAUAAGGCAUUUUCCAUCUGUGGGUCACACUUAAUAGUUGUUUCCUUGUUCUAUGGGACAGGUUUUGGGGUGUACCUUAGUUCUGCAUCUACUCAUGCCUCCAGGGGCAGUGCAAUAGCAUCAGUGAUGUACACCGUUGUCACCCCUAUGAUGAACCCCUUUAUCUAUAGUCUGAGGAACAAGGACAUGAUGGGGGCCUUCAGGAAAUUCAUCUCAAGAAUAUCAUCAUUCCAUUGA